UCUCACCACACCCUUCACCUCACGUUACACUCCAGUCCAGCCCAGGAACUGGGAAACUCAAAGAGAGGAGAGAACAAAGAGGAAAGUAACAACUCCUUGCCCACCCCAACCCUCACGUCGGUGCUUUGGACAGUCUGGUUGGUACCGGCUCCCCUCCAGCCUUCACUCUGGGCCCCAUUUCGGCCCCAGCCUUGCACCCAGUUCCAGUCCUCAGUCCUUCCCGGUUUUGCCCCAAGCCAGCUCCUGCGCAGGCAUUCCUCAGGAGGAUCCUCAAGCCAUGGCUGGUCCCUUCUCUCGUCUGCUGUCUGCCCGCCCAGGGCUCAGGCUCCUGGCUUUGGCCGGAGCUGGAUCUCUAGCUGCUGGGUUUCUGCUCCGCCCGGAACCUGUACGAGCCGCCAGCGAACGACGGAGGCUGUAUCCCCCAAGUGCUGAGUACCCAGACCUCCGAAAGCACAACAACUGCAUGGCCAGUCACCUGACCCCAGCACUCUAUGCCCGGCUCUGCGACAAGACCACACCCACUGGUUGGACGCUAGAUCAGUGUAUCCAGACUGGCGUGGACAACCCCGGCCACCCCUUCAUCAAGACUGUGGGCAUGGUAGCUGGAGAUGAGGAGACCUAUGAGGUAUUUGCUGAGCUGUUUGACCCCGUUAUCCAAGAGCGACACAAUGGAUAUGACCCCCAGACAAUGAAACACACCACUGACCUGGAUGCCAGCAAGAUCCGUUCUGGCUACUUUGAUGAGAGGUAUGUAUUGUCCUCAAGAGUUAGAACUGGCCGGAGUAUCCGGGGACUCAGUCUGCCUCCAGCUUGUACUCGGGCAGAGCGACGAGAGGUGGAACGUGUUGUGGUGGACGCACUGAGUGGCCUGAAGGGUGACCUAGCUGGUCGUUAUUAUCGGCUCAGUGAGAUGACAGAAGCUGAGCAGCAGCAACUUAUUGAUGACCACUUCCUAUUUGAUAAGCCUGUGUCCCCAUUGCUGACUGCAGCAGGAAUGGCUCGAGACUGGCCAGAUGCUCGUGGGAUCUGGCAUAAUAAUGAGAAGAGCUUUUUGAUCUGGGUAAAUGAGGAAGAUCAUACACGGGUUAUCUCCAUGGAGAAGGGUGGCAACAUGAAGAAAGUGUUUGAAAGAUUCUGCCGAGGCCUCAAAGAGGUGGAACGGCUGAUCCAGGAGCGUGGCUGGGAAUUCAUGUGGAAUGAGCGUUUGGGAUACAUCUUGACCUGUCCGUCUAACCUGGGCACUGGACUUCGAGCAGGAGUACACAUCAAACUGCCCCUGCUAAGCAAAGAUAGCCGCUUCCCAAAGAUCCUGGAGAACCUAAGGCUCCAAAAGCGUGGCACUGGAGGAGUGGACACCGCUGCUACAGGCAGCAUCUUUGACAUCUCUAAUUUGGACCGACUGGGCAAGUCAGAGGUGGAGCUGGUGCAACUGGUCAUCGAUGGAGUAAACUAUCUGAUUGACUGUGAACGGCGCCUGGAGAGAGGCCAGGAUAUCCGCAUCCCUCCACCUCUCGCCCAUAACAAGCAUUAACUCCCCAUCCUCAACAGAUAACUCAAGAUCUCUGGGACUUCUGCCCAUUCUAAUGGUGGCCCAUUCCACUUGCCCUGGUUGCCCCCCACUUCUUUUGUCCCAGUAAAGACACCUUGCUAUGCUC